AUGGAGGACGUCUUUAGCUCAGCUUACUGUACAAUUGCUGCCAGCUCUUCGACGUCUUCUUUGGAUGGAUUUCUCUUUGAUCGAGCCCAAAGGGCAGCAAUAGGCAUCGAAACUCCCCAAGGCACCUUGUACCUGGCCGAGUCUAUCGACGACUUUGAGGCCCACGUCGAAAAGGGUAUUCUGAACACCCGUGGCUGGGUACUUCAGGAACGCGCCCUGUCAAGAAGAACCAUACACUUUACAUCUACCCAGGUGUACUGGGAGUGUGGACAGGGCGUACAUUGUGAGACGCUAGCCGAGCUUGGAAACCGGCAAUCGAUGUUCCUCGGCGACUCCAAUUUCCCAACUUAUGGGCUCGAGCACUACAAGGACGAACGCAUCCGGCUUGUGCAAUAUUUGUAUCAAACCUACAGUGGACUCAGCCUCACUAAGGCUUCUGAUCGUUCAAAGGCGAUUCUAGGAUUGCAAAAGCGCCUAGGCUACACGUUUAAAUCGACAGCUAAAUACGGAGUUAUCUCAGCCUACUUCGAGAGAACCAUCCUCUGGCAAGCGGACGUCCCAGCUUCUCUGUCAAAAAUAGACUACGAACAGGGUCAGACAGUUCCUUCAUGGUCGUGGAUGGCAGUCAUGGGAAGAAUUCGAUACAUGGACAUUCCGUUCGGCGAAGUGGCAUGGACGGGCGACCUUGAAAACCCAUUCCAGUCAGGCUUUGAUGAUACCGGGUGGCAUGGACGACUGAUUGCUAAGGCUAAGCGACUCGCGAUCGACGAUGGCGAAUUUGAAGAGAGGUGCAAUGUCGAUCUGGGUCUCCACAAGUUCCAGCCAAGCAGCUGGAAGUGCGUGGUUGUAGGGGAGAGCAAGGUCGCCAAUAUGAACGGCGACAAGAACCAGUAUGUUCUGCUUAUACGCGAGAGGUCAUCCGGCGUAACACCGCCCGUUUAUGAGCGAGUUGGUGUAGGCAUACUAUUGCAAAUGCAUGUUGCUAUGGAGACUGCCAUAGUUUACGUUGUAUGA